GACAAUGUGGCUUGCAAAACUAAAAUUACGAAAUUGGAUUGUUCAAAGCCCAGACAUGCAGCCUCAUAAAAUGAAAGGUGGCAGUGAUCUUAAGCCCAAAAGGCAGCCCUCUGGCCUUAGCUCCAAAGAAAGAAGAUGGACUGUGUCUUCUAUUUCUCGCUCUUUCACUCUAUUAAACCGCUUCCUCCACUCCUCUCUCUUGCACUUUUUCUAUUGAAAAAUCGAAUUAUUGAUUUUUAUUUUUGGUUUCAUCUUUGCGUUAUUUUCACAGGUCAGUUUAAAGCCUAGCCAAAGCCGCCAUUUUUACCGAUCUUAUCUCUCUUUUCUCAGUUAUAUAUUAGAAUGAGUCGAUUACAAGGGCCUAAUUCUCUGAAAAGGAAACGACCGGGCUCAACUUCCGAUUCUCUAACAGAACAUGAACGUACUGUUCAUGAUGUAAUCCAAGGUAAACAAGACAUGGGAAUUUCCCAACGAGACAUGAAACGAGAAAUUAACCUUCCGGACAACCUAGUUACAAAAUGUCUCAAGUCACUUCUAGCUAAGAAUCUCAUAAAAGAAGUGAAAAACAUCCAAAGCCGGGGUAGGAAGCAUUUUAUCUCCGUGGAGUUUGAGCCUUCCAAUGAAAUAACGGGUGGGGCAUGGUAUGUUGAAGGCAGCCUCGAUACGGAGUAUAUAAAUGUUUUGAAAGAGCAGUGUUGGAGGAAGAUUUAUGGGUUGAAGGUUGCUACAUUGGAAGGGGUUACGGAUGCUAUUAAGAGGAGUAAUGUUUCACAAAUUGAGUUGUCGAAACAGCAGGUUGAAGAGAUUGUCAAGGCUUUGGUUUUGGAUAAUGAGGUUAUGGAAGUGAAAAGCAGUGGAACAGGGGAGUUUGCUUCAAUUCCGGUUGGGAAAGUUUGUUAUAAAUGCAUUGGUAAGAGAGGGUAUGGAGGAGAACCCAAGUUUGGUGCCAUGGCUUCCAUUCCUUGUGGUGUUUGUCCACAGAUAAGUCAUUGUACCCCUGAUGGCAUAAUUUCUCCCAAGACCUGUGUUUAUUACAAGAAAUGGUUGGAUUUUUAGUUUUACUUUUUCUUGAUGCAAUUUCUGAUAUGAUUUUGCUGAGUUUGAAAAAUCGUCAUUGAUGAAUGUUAUUUAUAG